UCACUUACUGUCAGUGUCACGACAAACGUCUUAGAGUGAGUGUCGAACAUAUGUAAAGAGUCCAGACUGCGUAGUUACUUUUUAAGUUUUCUUUUUAAUUUUUCAACAAACCAAAUAUCAAUUUAAAAAGCGUGGUCCGUAAUUGUUGUGAUUAUUUAAAUGUUGCACGCGAGAAUAUCAUGCAAGGAUAUGGGAAAUGAUCCUGGGUGUUUAUGGCCCAAACAACAAAAGAAAACUAAGAUUAUACAACCAGAAUAUUAUACCGGAAAAUGGGAACUUUUACCAAGCAUUAUUUUACACGAUAUCUAUUCUUUAUUAUCAGAAAAAGAUCGUAUAAAUGCUUCAAGUACUUGUCGAACUUGGAGACAAAAUUUAUAUCAUCCAAGAUUUUGGAAAGAAGUUACAUUUAAAAUCUACCCAGAUAAUUUAAAUAGGGCAAGAUUUUUUACAACUACUGUAGGUCGAAUAGUAACCCAUGCUGUAAUAAAAUUAAACUCGCUCUCAGUGAAUUGUAUGAAUGAAUUUAUGUUGUUACUCCAGCAGUUGAAACGCAACGACAAUUUGCUCUCCUUAAUUUUAGAACCAGCAUUUUCCCACAUGGAACUGCCAACAAAAUAUGUGGACGCGUAAGUACUUAUUUUUUAUUAAUUUACA